CGUGCUCCGUCGCGGGAGCCCGGGAGAAGAGGCGGCGGCGCGAGCAGCGCCAUGACCGAGUGGGAGAGCGUCUCCGCGCAGCACGCCCGCGUCCCCGCGCACUCCCGGCGGAGGCGGGGCGGCCCGAAGGAGUCGGCCGCUUUUCAGUGCGCCCUGAAGCGCGUCGAGGGGGCUCUGCUGGAACAGAGAGCGACGGAAGGCUGGUCCGACAUUGAAUACCAGCUCCGCCUGUCCCUUUUCGACAUCACGUAUCACCACUUCUUCGGGAGAACAUGGAAGAGCAGUAGGAGGCCUCUCCACUCCGUCCCGCGACAGCCCACCAGAGUUGUUUUCAAUGAGACCGUUUACUUCCACACCUCAUUAAACCACCCCAGCAUCACUGCUGUUGUGGAAGUUGUGGCAAUAGCCAAGAAACAAGAUGGGAUCUCUCAAGAGCUGUCGUGUGGGUUUGGAAUCAUUCAUCUGUUCAACAGCAAGUCAGAGCCGACAAAUCUGGCUACCAAGGACAGAGGACUCAAGCUAUACCACGGGACACCCCGUGCGUUACUGCAUCCGCUUUUCCAGGAUCCUGUAGAAAAGAAUAAAUACAUGACAGUGAUAGAGAACAGUCACCUGCAAUAUACCAUAAGGCCCCACCAGCCCCUGGAGACCAUAUUUCACCUCUUUCCUGAAAACCUUCUGGUGUCUGGGUCGCAGAAAAUUCCUGGUUUGCUGUCUGCACGUGGAGACACAAAUGAUUGCUUUCUGAAACCACGGCUCAUGAAAUCAGUCACAUGCUAUCUGGAUAAACUCUCCAUCCAUCUGUACCCUUCUCUGGAGAAAUUUGAGGAAGAACUGCUGGAAUUACUAAACAAUGAUCGCUUACUUAAGGCUAACUCCAUGCCGGACGGCACCACGGUCGCCAUUCAGGAGCGACGGCUGCACAUCGGCGUCCACAACGGCCUGCGCUUUGUCCAGGCGCCGCAGGUGGCCGUGCUGGCGCCGGAGGCGGAGGUGCUUCGGGGGCGUUCGGCGAGCUUCCUCGGGAAGCAGAGCUCCAGCUCCAGAGCAAGCAGAGUAGGUCAAGCUCUGGUUCUGAGGAGUCGCAUUCAUUUGACUGAAAUGGUUCGUCACCCAGCGUUUGCAAUCUUCUUCCAGCUUGAGUAUGUCUUCUGUGCAGCGGGGGGAGCCAACGAGAAGGCGCUGUCCGGCACGUCUCUGAGCAAGGCGGCCUACAUGCACUCGGUUCGGUGGGCCGCCUGGAGCCCCUUCCUGGGCUCUGCCUCCUCAGAGGUGGUUGUGCCUCUGCGCGGAGGCACUCAGCCCAAUCCCAGCCACGUCCUGGUGUACAAGACCCCUCCAAACAGCGUGAGCUCUGGAGAGGUGAGGCAAUCUGAAUCUGGUACUAUCCAAUUCCACGUUUCCACUGAUUCCGAAGAACAUCUUGUAACCUCUGCGGAUCUCUUAAGUAAAGACAGAGAAGAUUCAGAGAAGCCUCCUACACCAUCUCUGAGUUCAGCGUCUUCGCCUCGGACGAUGGCCUCCAGCCAGGGACCGGGGCUCUCCCUGUCGCAGCUGUCAGCCUGCCCGCAGCGUCGAGACGAGCCCGCUCUGCGGCGCAGCGCCGGCUCCCCGCGCCCCGCGCCGCGCAGGGCGCCGCGGAGCGCGCGCACGGAGCCGCCCCGUGGCAGCAGCCCAGCUGGAAUAACUCACCUGGAGGCCGACCUGAGCCACGGCUCCGCGGGCCCGGAUGCCGGUGCCAGCGACCAGCUGCGGGAGCUGCCCUUCAUGCCCGUGCAGGCGCCGAUCGCGGCCGUGGGGGUGCAGGCAGGCAGCUUUGCACCCACUCGUGCCUCCCUAGCUCGUUUGCACGCCUCUGGCUUUCCAGAAAUCCUGGACUGUAACAAGGAGCCAGUGGAAGUCGUGGACCCCACAGACCCUGUGAAUUUCAGCCCCCAACUGGAAGAAGCUGAUGUUCUGCAAAGCAAUGAAAUAAUCCUGCAAUUUCUUGCUUUUAGUAGGGUUCUGCAGAACGGUGUAGAAGUAAUGUGGCCGAAGACAGUGUUCUUCACUUUCCAGUUCUAUCGUUUCCCACCGGUCACCACACCGCGGCUGCAGCUGGUCGACACGGACAACGAGAAGGCAGCCCGGUCAGCUGCAUCUCCGCGUGUCCUUGUCCAGAUUAGCAAGGAUGGAACCCUCAGCAGCGGAUCUCCGGGAUUGCAGCUGAAAUACAUGGUGGACCCUGCUUUCCUGAAACCUGGAGAACAGCACUGGUUUAUAUGUUACCUGGCUGACCAUAGCCUUCAGAUUGACAUCUGGGAUGGAGACUCUUUACUUCUUGUUGGAUCGGCUGCAGUUAAGUUGAAGCACCUGCUCCGCCAGGGUCGGACAGCCGUCAGGAGCCACCACGAGCUGGAGGUUGCAGCGACCGAGUACGAGCAGGACGUGCCAGUGGUGGGUGGGGACGUUCUCAGACACGGCACGGUGCGGCCUGUUGGUGUCUACGUUGUUGUGAAGGGUCGACUUCACCUCUGCCUGGCCAACGUUGGCCACCUGGGCGAGGAGAGGCCGCGGAAACCGAGAUCCUUGCCCCCGUCCCGCUCCCGUGUUGUGCCGUCGCGGGACAGCGCCAGCGGCUUCCCGGGCGGCAGCUUGUUCUCCUCGGGCACCGGCGCGGGCAGGACCGUCUCGCGGGCGCAGCGGCUGGCCGACGUGGACGGCGAGCUGGCGGCCCUGCUGCGCAGCCGCCUGCGGGAGGUGAGCGCGGCCCCCCAGCCCGCCCCCCGCGAGGCCGCGGCCGUCCGCCGGCGAAAGACGGAGCGCAUGGCGCUCGUGCGGCAGCGGGAAGCCCAGGAGGAGCCCGGCGGCGGGAGGAAACUCCGUGUCGCGGGCUCUCGCGAGCAGCGCCUCCAGCACUCCCGGGACCUGCAGAUUAUUGACGCCUACCGGGAGCGCAUCAAAGCCGAGAGCAUCUCCGACAUGCUCCGGCAGGCCAUCACCACGACCCACACUGUGUACGCCGUGCUGGGCACGGCAGAGUUCUUCGAGUUUGCACUGAAAAACCCCUACAAUGUCCAGCACACGGUGACGAUUGAGAUCGACCACCCGGAGCUCAGUGUUAUAUCAGACACGAGGGAAUGGAGGCACUUCAAAGAGCUCACCAAGACUGUUACUCCAGUGGAAGAGGAUAUGUUCCAUCUUCACGAUGACCUUAGACCUCAGGUCUAUCUACGUCCCAAAGAGACGGUUCACAUCCCCUUUAAAUACCAGACCUUCUCCGCAGACCCCGCAGUCAUGAUGCAGCAGGGGCCUGCAGGGCUUACUGUUGGUGAAGACAGUGCUGCCUCCUCCCCUUGGAAAUCUGGUGCCACACUGACAAAGCACAUCAAGGUCUCUUUCCAAGUGAGUGGUGGAAAGCCCAUUGCAAUUCUCCAGGUGAAAGUGGAAACACAGCCCCAUGUGGUGGACCAGACCUUCAGAUUCUACCACCCAGAACUGACCUUCCUGAAGAAGGCCAUACGACUGCCCCCAUGGCACACUCUUCCAGGUGCGCCGGCAGGGAUGCCAGCUGGGGAACCGGAGAUGUAUGUUCGUUGCAGUGACCCUAAUGUCAUUUGCGAAACCAAACAUAUGGGUCCCGGGGAACCACAGGACGUGUUCUUAAAAGUAGCUGGAGGACCAAGCCCGCAGAUCAAAAAAUUCUUUGUUGCUAUUUAUACGGAUGCCUGGCUUGCUGCUCCCAUCCAGAUCUGGCAAUUUUACCUUCAUUCCCUGCAGCGUGUGGAUGUUAGCUGCAUAGUGGGGCAGCUGACCCGUCUCUCCUUGGUGCUCAGGGGCACCCAAGCGAUCAGGAAGGUGAAGGCAUAUACCUCACAUCCCCACGAGCUGAAGGUGGAUCCAGAAGGUGUGUUUGUUCUCCCUCCAAACGGAGUACAGGACCUAUACCUUGGUGUGAGGCCUCAGAAAGCUGGCAGCAGAUUUAUCUACCUCAAUCUGGUGGAUGUGGAAUACCACCAGCUGGUGUCCUCCUGGCUGGUCUGUGUGUCUUGCAGGCAGCCUCUGCUUUCUAAGGCAUUUGAGAUAACGCUCCCCGCGGGAGGAGGGAAGGGCUCCAACAAACGGAUCACCUACACCAACCCGUAUCCCUCCCGGAGGCUGUACUUCCUGCACACUAACCGGCCGGACCUGCUGCAGUUCAAGGAGGAUGCCUUUGAGGUCGGUGGUGGGGAGGUGUACACCAUUGGCUUGCGGUUUGCCCCGAGCCGGAACGCGGGUGAAGAGGAGAUUUUGAUUCAUAUCAAUGAUCACGAAGACAAGAACGAAGAAACCUUCUGCGUGAAGGUUAUCUACCAGUGAAUCGCAGGCCAGGUGCCCGCUGCAGCAAGAGGGCGAGUUGCUCCAGCAUCUGUCGCAGCUUCCCUCUGACAGCGCUGCCUCCUGAGAGACAGCCUCAUUUCCACAAACGCCUAUGUGUACCUCGCUUUUUAUUUCUGAAAUCUCCUUGACCCCGUUUGCAAGCGGGUCGUUUGCUGAGCAGCUCUGAACCCAGCCCCACGCAGUCGAAGGACGAGCGCUCCUGUUUCUUGUCUAGCCGAUCGCGCUAGGUCCUGAGGUCUUCCCGAGUUCCUUGCGUGUUGCCGUGAACUCCACCGAUGUAACAUAACUGUCUCCCUUCCUUCUGCUUGAAAUGGGAAGCAUGCCUGUAUUUGUUGCUAUGUGUCAGAACCCCAGAAGAACGUUUAUUUUUAUGUAUUAUGUUUCUGCGUGCGUGAAUCUUUUUUUAAUCUGAAGAGUUUGCAAAUCUGAGUCCACAGGAUGUUUUUAAAGUAUUUUGUUUUCUACACUGAAUUUUGUACGGACAGAAGCAGUUUUCUAGACACUUUAAUACUUUUUACUCAUUGUAGAUCAAUUAAAAUUG